CCGCCGCCAUUAGCAUUAGGAAUUUAGGAUUCGACCCUCCCCGAUGAACACCUGAAGUCCUUCUUCCUCUUCAGUUCAUCCUGAAUUUCAGAUACCCACCCCUAACUGACCUAGAUUUUACUCCCAUUUCACAAGCAGUUUCGGAAUCCGGCGACAAAGAUGGCAAACCAAGGUGCAAAGAAGCGCAAGGAGGAGAACGCUCGUCAUAUGGCCAAUCUCCGCCGCCUCAUCAUUGCAUGCAAUACUACCUAUAUCUUGGUUCGGAUGCUGAUUUUUCAUUCAAGUUUCACUUGGAAACAUUGGAUUGGUCUGAUUGUCACAUCCGCAGCUUAUUUUAUUCCUUACAACCAACUUUCCAACAUGGCAAACCCAACCUAUGGUGAUGAAGGUGAACUACUAGAUGGUGGAUUUGAUAUGAAUACUGGUGGAAUUUGUGGCUACUUGCAUGACAUGAUCUACAUUACAAGCUUUGUGCAAAUAAUGUCAAUCCUCUCUGGGAAGUUUUGGUACACCUACCUUGUGAUUCCAGCAUUUGGGGUAUACAAAUCAUCUGGUUUAAUUAAGGGAUUAUUGUCGCAAGGUUCAGAGGAUGAACCUGAGGACGAGAAGACUCGCAAGAAGAGGGAAAAGAUGGAGAAGAAAGCUUCAAGGGUGAAGUUUGUAAAGACCAAGAAUAGAUAAUCUUCUCUUCAACAUUAAACGGAAUCAACUGGGUGCAAUCAACUUAAGUUAUCGGAUUCAAAUUCGAGCAGAUGGACCGCAGACACGGUCGAGAUUUAGGUACCACAUGAAGUUGGUUUGAGUGAGAAGUUUGUGUAUUGAUCUGAUUAAUUAUAACAGGAAUAAGGGACAAAAGUACAUCAUUGUAACAACCUCCAUUUUGUCAACUGAGCAUUUAGAAGUGUCCUUGUUUCCUCUUCCAAAAUGACAUCACAGGUACACAA